ACAAGGAAGUAACGCUCCUUUCAGCUUAACGGUGUAGUUAUUAGACUCUGGUUAUGUGCGCGAACGCAUUUAACAAUCGGCUGUUUACACCGCGGUAAAACCUCUGUCGUGUCCCGGUUUUAACACCAUAUUCUCGUGUUAAAAAGAGUCAUGAAUAUUGGAAAUAUCGGUUGUAGCGACGCUCGUGCCACGGUAUGUCCGGGCAAAAUAUUGACGUCCCUCCUCGUGUGCACGUCAACGCUACUGUUUCCAUCUGUUCAUACAUCACUCCCUCUCAUCAUCAAUACGUGGCCAUUCAAGGAUGCGACGGCUUCAGCGUGGCGUACUCUGCAGUCAGGUGGCUCGGUGCUGGACGCAGUGGAGCAGGGCUGUGCCCGCUGUGAAGUGGAGCAGUGUGACGGCAGCGUCGGCUACGGCGGGAGCCCCGACGAGUCUGGAGAGACCACGCUGGACGCCAUGAUAAUGAAUGGGGAUACAAUGGAGGUGGGUUCAGUCGCAAACCUGAGAAGAAUCAAGAAUGCCAUCGGAGUAGCAAGGGCCGUGAUGGAACGCACUGAGCACACGCUGCUGGUGGGAGAGUCAGCUUCUGUGUUUGCUGAAAACAUGGGCUUCACUGCGGAGGACCUGGCAACCAACAAAUCCAUGAGCAUGUUCUCGCGCUGGCUGAGCGGCAACUGCCAACCCAAUUAUCGCAAGAAUGUUUUUCCAGAUCCUUCCAAGUCCUGUGGACCCUACAAGCCCAAGGCGAUACUGAAGGAGACGAGGAGGGCACAGCAUGCUGAUAUUCACUCCCACGACACCAUAGGGAUGCUGGCUCUUGAUCAAAAUGGCCACGUGGCUGCCGGUACAUCGACCAAUGGAAUGACUCACAAAGUUCCGGGCCGCGUUGGAGACUCUCCUAUAGCUGGAGCAGGGGCUUAUGCAGACAGCUCCGUUGGUGGUGCUGCCGCUACUGGAGAUGGAGAUAUUAUGAUGCGCUUUCUACCGAGUUACUUGGCCGUGGAGCUGAUGAGGACCGGGACAGAUCCCUCAACAGCCUGCAAGAUGGCCAUUUCCAGAAUCAAGAGGCAUUACUCGGAGUUCUUCGGAGCCAUCAUCUGUGCUAACACCACAGGGCAUUAUGGUGCAGCCUGCAACAAAGUCCCCGGUUUCUCCCAGUUCCACUACAUGGUGUCUAACUCCGAGUCGGAUGCACCAGUCCUGAAGUCUGUGGACUGCUUCUGACUAGGCAAAACAAUGCUAUGGUGACGAGUUGCUUUCCAUUUUCACCUCAAAGAAGUUGCACUUGGUCUCUCUGGGCAGCGAGCAGGCGUAGAACUGCCGUCCCUUAUUCUCCCCGUCCUUGUGGACCACUCUGAGGACGGCUGGACGGCGAUGGGAUGUACAGCGAGGGACGCUGGGACCGGGGGAGAUAAAGGAGCCGCCGCUUGUCGCUCCCAUUUUGCGCAGGCUGACAAAAGUGAAGAAAGAGUCUUAUUAGCGGGAAAUAAAUUCUAAAUAACACACAGGACUACCUGUCACAUCAACUCUUAUUAGUGAGCAAACAACCACUCCUCAACGGUGUGUGAUGGCAUGUGAGGGUAAUAAUUGUAUUUGCAUGGUAACCCCACGGCUUCACAUCAAUCUGGGCUUUCUUAACAAUGCUGCAUUAAAAAUUCCAUGGUCA